AAUUCCAGAGAAGCUGCACUCGGCAUCGGUGAAGAAGCUUCGUGGCACACCAAAUACAAAGAUUCGGCUUACAUUUUUGUUGGUGGCAUUCCCUUCGAUCUCACCGAGGGUGAUCUUCUCGCUGUUUUUGCUCAAUACGGUGAGGUUGUUGAUGUUAAUCUUGUUAGAGACAAAGGCACUGGAAAAUCAAAGGGUUUUGCGUUCCUUGCGUAUGAAGAUCAAAGAAGCACAACUCUUGCUGUGGAUAAUUUGAAUGGAGCUCAGGUUUUAGGGAGAGUGAUUAGGAUGGACCACGUUAAUAAGUAUAAGAAGAAGGAGGAGGAAGACGAAGAGACAGCGCGUCAGAAAAGGGAGGCGCGUGGUGUUUGUCGUGCUUUUCAAAGAGGUGAAUGUACUCGUGGAGCUAGCUGCAAAUUUUCUCAUGAUGAACAAAGAGCUGCAAAUACAGGUUGGGGUCAAGAGGAAGACAGUUCAAAAUGGGGUCAUGACAAAUAUGAGGGUCCCAAAAAAGAGAGAAAAUAUGGCAGCAACCCAUCAAAUCAUUUUCCAGAAACAAUGGAGAGCGAUUCACAUUCUAGAGCCCAUGGGCAUGACGUUGGAUUAGACAGCCAACCAAAGAGAAGUGAUAGAAGAGAGAAGACAUUGCGGCAGCAUGAUGAUGAUGAUAGAUGUGAGGGAAGAGAAAAUAACAGUAGAAGAGAAGAAAAGAGAUCAAAAAGGCAUGAAGAUGACAAAUUUGAACACAGGUCAAGAGAAGAACGAUAUAGGAGGGAAGAAAAAAGACCAAGAAGGAAUGAUUAUAAAGGUAUGGAACCUGAGCCAAAAGAUCAUAACAGAGGGGAAGGCAAGAGAUCAAUAAAGCCAGAUGAUACUGAGUUUGAACACAAGUCCAGAGGUUCUGAUAUAACUAUUAAGGGAUGAUCAAAGACCCUGGAGGCAGGAUGAUGAUGAUUUUGGAAGGAAAUCAAGAGAACCUCAUAGUAACAGGGAAGACAGGAGAUCGCGAAAGCACCCCGAAGAUGAAUUUGCACCAAGGUCAAGAGAAGAUUAUGAUAGGAAACAAGAUAACAAAUCAUAUAUAAAUGAUAGCGAUCGAAGAGAGUCAAAAGUAAGAUAUGAUUUUGACAGGAGAGGAGAGAAAAGUUCAAGAAGGUAAAGGGGCAGUAUUUGAGGGGAACUGUGGAUGACAUCAGUAGGAGACUACGAGAUGGUUGUCCAAGCUUCUAUAAGGAGUCUGAUUACAAAUUCUUCUUAGCUGUGGAGGCGCUGGAGAGAGCUGCUGUGGCUGUAGAUGCUGAGGACAAGGAGAAUCUUGCAAGAGAAGCAUUAAAUUCCUCAAGUAAAGUUCCAGAGUCUGUGAACUUACGAACUGUUUGCAAAGUUUGAGGAUUUAAGGCAUAUUUUAUCCUUUGUUUUGCUCUAUUAAAUGGUCAUUUGUGGUAGUUAUUGGAAAUUAGCGGUUGUGUGGUUAAGACAACUUAUAUUUUCAUGAGUUGUGUGCUCUAGACUUACUCACAUGGAGGGUCCUUCCCACCAUGUUUUAAAGUAUAAAGGGGCCACAACUUUGGAUUGGCAAAG